AUGAGAAAUAAAACACCAACCAAAGAUUAUAUCACAGAUAAAAUUUUAAGUAGGAUUCAGUCAAGCAAUAUCCAAAUUUAUAAUCAAGACCAAGGAAAAAUGAUUGUAGAGACUAAAAAAAAGAAAUUAUGUUGUGAAUCGUGUUUGUAAUAGGAUGUCAAAUUUCUACCAAGUAGUGAGAUUCAGAAAAACAACAAACUCCAAAGUGAUAGAACAGUCAAGGAGCUCUAUUAAAAUGGAGUGAAGCAUUACAAAUUAGGGUAUUUUAACUUAGACCCCAUUUCUAUUCAAUAUGAUGGAAAAUACGAAAGGUUGCGUCUAGAUCAUUUUGAAGUUGUGUAAAAACUACUGUUUCAUUUGAAAUUCAAAGAGAAAUUCUAAAGUAACAUCAAGAAUGUGCUUUUUAAGAUUGAGUAAAAUAUAAGGGAUAAUCACAAUUCGUUAAAUUAGCUUCUGCAAUAGGAGAUCCCUUUUAGAGAUUAAUUGGAGAAGGUUCAAAAGUACAAUUAGGCUGUAAUUGCAUUAUGCGUUUCACAAGAAUCAGAUACAUAUUUUGAUGACGAAAGUCAACAGUGUCAAAUUAACUAUUAAAUUGCUGUAAAUGAAUAGGAAAGAACUAUUUCAAGAUUGAAAACAUAAGUGCAACAUCAAAAUGUGUUAAUACACAAGAUUUAAUAAAGCAUUAAUGAACCUAUGCUUGGAGUGGCUGGUUUAUUGAAUUAAGUUGGCUAAUUUAAAUAGAGAAUAGAGGAACUGAAUAUGGAAAUCGAGAAUAAAAACAAUGAAUUAGUUCAAGAGCAAUUCCAACUAUAAACUGUUCACUCCAUUUUGGAUAAAAUUAAGAAUCUCUUAUAGAAAUAUCCCACUUUAUUUAGAGAAAUUACAGCGAAUAAUAUUAUCAAUAUAAAAGAAUUUUAAUAUGAUUUAGAAUAAUUGUAUUUAUUAUAUAGUCAAGGCAAACAAUACGAAAAGAAUAUGGCUGCUCUCCAAAAUUAGUAUGACAGUCUAUUCAAAGAACUUUAAGAUGAGAAGAUCAAUUAAUCCAAAAUGGUGAAACNAAUACCAACAAGAAGAGUAGUAUAAAAUAUUAAUGGAUCAUCAUUGGCCCUAAGGAAAAUAAAGAGACAUCCAAUAAAGAAGAAUAAAAGAAAUGCACAAAUAAACAAGGGCCCUAGCUUAGAUUAUCAAGUACAAUGUGGUCCAAUAACAACAGCAGGAUUGCCUUUCCUAAACAUCAUUGGAUGA